CUCCAACUAAUAACCCUAACAAACCCAACUAACCCUCAUUUACACUGUAUCACCAGGUAAUUAGCAGAACAUGGCAGACUGCCCAUAAGAUGAAAUUACUUAGAGGCCCACUUGACAAAACCCAAUCAGACAAUGACAAUCUGAGGAUCAGAAGAUACAUUGCAAAAUACACUAUAAAUCCUGCAAUUGCCAAUGGCUUCUCCAAGCAUGUUGGCUCAGUUGAGGUGGGGAAGUUGGCUGAUCUUGUCAUUUGGAAACCAUCUUUCUUUGGGUCAAAACCAGAAAUAGUGAUCAAAGGUGGCACAAUAGCAUGGGCAAACAUGGGGGACCCAAAUGCUAGCAUCCCAACUCCAGAACCAGUGAUAAUGAGACCCAUGUUUGGAGCAUUUGGAGAGGCUGGGAGUUUCAAUUCAAUUGCGUUUGUCAGCAAAGCAGCAAUGGAAAAAGGGAUAAAAGAGCGGUAUGGGCUGAAGAAGAGAUUGGAAGCGGUGAAGGAUGUGAGGAGAGUCACAAAACUGGACAUGAAACUCAACGACGCACUUCCAAACAUAUCAGUGGAUCCAGAGACGUACAGGGUGACUGCAGAGGACGAUGAAGAUACACUGCUGCUUGCAUGCCCACCUGCUACAACCCUCCCUCUUUCUCGGAAUUACUUCCUCUUCUAAGGCAGGGGAAACCUUCACAUGAAGAUUGAGAGGUGCAAACAUCCAAUUUUUUUCAAGUACAAGAAAUAUCGUUUACUUCAAAGGACGGCAGAGGAUUAAAAAGUGACACCGCAAAGUGACACCGGAUCAAAGGAUCAAAAAGUGAUCAAGGUCAGCUCCACACCUCUACUGUUCAAAGCAUCAAUGGUGGACAAGAUUCAUCUAAGAACUAUCUGAAUGUAAACGUUAAUUUUUAAUCUUUGGUGCAACGAAAAAUCCUUCAAGUCGAUUUACAAUGUGUAACUCUAUUUUAACACCAAAAUUUACAACAAUGUACAUCGUACUUCGCAGACAUACACAAACAAAACUAAAAUCCCCCC